AUGGACUCAAAUGUGCAGAAGAGACGUGAGAACAAGAAAUCACUCCGCGUGAAAGUGAUCAGUCUUGGCAAUGCCGAGGUGGGCAAGAGCUGCAUCAUCAAGCGAUACUGUGAGAAGAGGUUUGUGCCCAAGUAUCUGGCCACCAUAGGGAUCGACUAUGGGGUCACCAAAGUCCAGGUGCGAGACAGAGAGAUCAAAGUGAACAUCUUUGACAUGGCAGGACACCCCUUCUUCUAUGAGGCGUUUUUCUCCUCGAUAACGGACAUGUGUGAGAAUGGUGGGAAGCGCCCGGUUGCGGAGGUCACUGUCGGCUUCACCAAGGAGCAGGCCGACACCAUCCGACGCAUACGCAACAGCAAGGACUUCUGGGAUAUGCUGGGGGUAAAACCUGGAGCCACACGGGAGGAGGUUAACAAGGCAUACAGGAAGCUGGCUGUGCUGCUCCAUCCGGAUAAGUGCGUUGCCCCGGGCAGCGAGGAUGCUUUCAAGGACGUGGUGAACGCUCGCACCUCCUUGCUCAAGAACAUCAGGUAG